AAGGCAGCAUCUCUGUAUAGCGGCGGGCAGAGGGAAGAGACGCACCAAGCUGCUUCGCCAGGAGAGAAGAGCGAUCCGCGCAGAGGAAAAGGAUGAGUCUCUCUUUUGGUUUCUGACAAGAAACUGGAUUUUUAAAAUAUAGAUUUAUUUGACUGGUUGGCUCUGCAGACAGAAAAAAAGAGGACUGUUUCGCCGCAAAGAGCUGAUCUUUUUUUUUUUUUUUUGCCUUUUUCUGGUAAGGAUAUGCCAAAAGGAGAGACUUGUGAUGUUGCUUUUUUUCCAAAAGAACUCAGUGGAAUGACAGAGUCGCGAGAAUAACGAAUUUCUCUUCUUUCAGGGGGUAAAAGAUGCAGACUUUUCACAGCUACUGUUUGUGAGAGGAGAGGGAAAGGAAGGGAAAGGCAGAAGGUCUCACAUAGACGCAUGAGUCAAGAGACGGAGGAGGCACAAGAGGAUUAACCAGUCAGAAAAAGAAAUUAAGAACAAGCAUCUCUAUCGAUUUGUGACACACUGUAGUGGUAAACGAAUCUAGAAAAGAGCCGAAGGGAUUUUUGUUUUACUUGUUUAUUUAUUUAAUUGUUUAUUUUAAUAGAAGACAGGACCCAACAAAACGACACAGAUGAGAAUCCUCAGAAUGAAGAUGGGAUGCUGACUGGAGAAAGUGCGGAUUUGAAGCUCUCCAUCACUUUUUUUGGUGUUGCAAUGGAACUGAAGGGAGCACAUAUCUACUGACGAUAGCCAUCGAGAGCGCAGGUUGGAGGGACAACCUGUGCGCCCGUCCCUUCUGCCCGCUCUGCGUCUCUGCUCCCCCACUCGCUCUCUCGCGCGCUCUCUCUCUCGCUCUCUGUGGAUGUUCACUGAAUUCAUUUUUUUCGGAUGUGAGGGAUUUAUCUAGUCUAUGUUAGAAGGAGGAGGCAAAGAACAACGCUUCUCUCUUACUCUCUCUCUUUCUCUCUCCCCCUUUCCCCGUUUGCUGGAUGUGAAGCAGCAUGCGGCCCGGUGAGCGCUUAGAGGGCUCGCGCUCGGCUCGCGGAAGAUGUAUUGAUGCAAAUAAUCUCGCUAAUAGCGGCACGGAACGCUGUCUCGCGCUCCCCUCUUCGAGGAUGAGGAUGGUGAUGAAAAAGAGGGCGACGACGAAGAAGAGAGGGAUGGACGGGAGGAUGACGGACGGAGGAAUGACGGCGAUGCGCUAUUUUCUGUGGUCUCUUGUGCUGUGCUCGCUCUCUUCGCGCGCGCAAGGUUUCAUCUACACCUGUGGGGGUACACUGAAAGGCCGAAAUGGCAGUAUAGAAUCGCCUGGUUUUCCUUAUGGCUACCCCAAUGGUGCAAACUGCACCUGGGUCAUUGUUGGGGAAGAAGGAAGUAGAAUCCAGCUCAUCUUCUUGUCAUUUGCCAUAGAGGAAGAGUAUGACUUCCUGUCCUUGUAUGAUGGACAUCCCCACCCUGCUAACUUCAGAACAAGGUUAACAGGCUUCCAGGCUCCUCCCCCUGUCACCAGUACGGGGAACGUUUUCUCCUUGAGGUUGACCAGUGACUUUGCUGUCUCUGCUCAUGGCUUCAAACUCAACUAUGAAGAACUACACAGUACAUCUUGUGGAAAUCCAGGUGUUCCACCAAAAGCUGUGCUAAGUAGUGGCGGCCGUUUCGCUGUAGGAGACCGGGUGCAAUACAGCUGUGUUCCUGGUUACGUCCUAGAUGGCCACGCCACGCUCACGUGCAUAACCAAUGCAGCAAACAUCGCAGUCUGGGAUUUCCCUGCUCCUAUAUGUCGAGCUGAGGACACAUGUGGGGGCACUGUGAGGGGCGGCAGUGGGGUGGUGACCAGUCCCGGUUACCCCGGCAACUAUGGUAACCAAGCCGACUGUACUUGGAUCCUAUUGGCCGAACCUGGAGACACCAUCUCUGUCAUCUUUACAGACUUCCAGACUGAAGAAAAGUAUGACUACCUGGAAGUGGAGGGCUCAGAACCACCAACCAUCUGGUUGUCGGGUAGUAACGUCCCCUCUCCGAUCGUUAGCAACAAGAACUGGCUCCGGCUGCAUUUUGUGACCGACAGCAACCACCGUUACCGAGGUUUCAGUGCACAUUAUCAAGUGAAGCGAUCAGUAGAUUUUAAAUCGAGGGGCGUAAAAUUAUUCCCUGGCAAAGACUCCAGCAACAAGUUUUCAAUAUUAAAUGAAGGUGGUGUGAGACAGGCGUCUAACUCCUGCCCUGACCCAGGAGAGCCAGAGAAUGGAAAACGCCACGGCAAUGACUUCAGCAUUGGCAGCGUGGUGCAGUUCAGUUGUGGGGAGGACUACGUGCUUCAGGGCAGUAAAACCAUCAGCUGCCAGAGAGUGGCUGAAGUCUUCGCCGCCUGGAGCGACCACAGACCAGUGUGCAAAGCCAAAACUUGUGGCAGCAAUCUUCAGGGACCAUCAGGAACCUUUACAUCUCCCAACUUCCCGAUUCAAUAUGAGAGCAAUGCGCAGUGUGUGUGGAUAAUCACAGCAUCAAAUCCAAAUAAGGUGAUUCAGAUCAACUUUGAAGAGUUUGACCUGGAGAUAGCCUAUGACACACUGACUAUAGGAGACGGAGGAGAGGUGGGAGAUCCUACAACCAUACUUCAGGUCUUAUCAGGCAGCUUUGUGCCUGACCUGAUUGUCAGCAUGACCCACCAGAUGUGGCUCCACCUCCAGUCCGAUGAGAGUGUUGGAUCUAUAGGAUUUAAGAUCAACUACAAAG